AUGCCAACGCCGCGUCUUGUUGGGCGUUAUGAAUUCAUUAGGCUUGUGGGUAAGGGCGGCUUUGGUGUCGUCGAGGAGUAUCGUGACCUCCUCACAGGUGAGCAGGUUGCAAUUAAAAAGGUUCCAGCGCGGUUUGUGGAUCAAGAGAGUAAGCGCCUCAUUCGCGAAAUUGACACCAUGUUGUUUCUGCACGACGCCCAUCCACAUGUGAUUGGCUUCUUUAGCAUGUUUGUGACGCCGGGCACUGGCGUGGACAGUCGCCUGGUAGAGGAUGGUAUUCAGUGCGGCGGGUCCGCGGUAACGUGGGAGGCUCCAGAGAGUUUAGAUGUGGAGUCUCCAGCGUAUGCCGGCCUUAGUUGUACGGCGGCGCUCAUCAAGCAUCACGAUCAACUGGAGGCUGAAGUGGCCAAAAUACGUGGCGGCGACAAAUUCAUUCUUCACAUUGUGAUGCCUCUUAUGAAGGGGGACUUGCUCCACUUCAUCAAUCAUGCGUCUCCUGCGGGUCUAAACCUGGCGGUUACCGAUGAUUUUAUUGAGCAGGUGUUUGUUGUAGUUGCUUUUCAGAUCUGCUUUGGGUUAGACUAUUUACACAAGUGCAACAUCGUUCAUCGUGAUAUGAAGCCAGAAAACAUACUUAUUCGUUUGCACAAUACAAAUCCGUAUGAAUCCACCGCCCUUAUAGCAGACCUUGGGCUUGCGCGGGAUGCCCAGGCCAGUGACACAUUUUAUGUCUGUACUCGUUACUAUCGACCACCGGAAAUUAUAACGACUGUUUCCCGCGGGGAGACGUCCAUUGAUGUGUGGUCGCUAGGUUGCAUUUUGUUCGAGAUGGUGACGGGGCGCGCCCUCUUUACUGUUAGCUCGGCCCUCAAUGAGCAUGGUGUGUGGGAUGGGCAUCGUGCCAGUACUCAGUUGGAAGUGAUUUUGAACACUAUUGGAACCCCGAGCCGUGAUGAGGUUAGGCGGCUGAUGCCGGUGGGAAAUGCACAGCAGUACCUCUUGCGGAGUGUCCCCCGUCCUUCGCGACUCAUGGAAAUGAUGAGGAGCAACUGGCGGCUGCGUACGACACGCGACCGUCAGGCAAAAUGGAUGGACUUGAUUGUCUGUUGCCUUGCUUUCUUUCCAGAGCACCGCCCUACGUGUGAAGAGUUGUGCCGGCAUCAGCUUUUUCGAGACUUCAAUGUCCUCUAUGGUGAAAAUGUGAUGCAGUACCCUGCGAGAAGGUAUCAGCCAAUACAGGUGGGGACGCUGGUGGCCGAAAACAAGCAGAUUAUCCUGCGCCUUGUCCGGCGCGCCUUGGAGCUGUCGGCGCCUUUCGCCGAGGACGGCGAAGAGGGAGAAGAUGGAUCGAUUUUGUUUGCGAAUGACGAGUGCUUGCGGCAGGAUGAAACGCCGUUUGAGGAGGUGAAUACGGCAAAUGCCGCGGCGGCACGUUCCACACCAACGCGCGAGGAUGUUGCAGCCGCGGCCGCCGCGGAAAGCGGGGAAACGCCCGCGGACUUUCCAUACCUACGCGACCCGGAGCUUCGCCGCCAGUACGCCCUAACCGCGUUCACCCGCGAUGCCUUGGAUCGCGUUGUCGCCAGGCUUCUCAGCGACCUCCAAUAUCACACGCACGACGCCGAGCGAUCGGGGCAGUUGCGAGCUCUGCUAAAUUAUUUUACUUCCCUGCGGUGA